AUUAAGCUGAUAUGUAUGCCUAGUGAAUAACCAUUUUAAUAACGUUUACAGGCGGUUCACUUUAUUAUGUUGCUUAAAACAAUUGUAUGUAAAGAAUAUGCAUAAAAGUUUAAAAUUUAUUGCUUCAUAAUGCAUAUGAAGAUUGUGAGUUCUUUAGUUUUUUAUUUAGAACAAAUUGAUAUUAAUGGCAAUUAUGUUAAUUACAGGUGUGGUGAUUUUAGCUAAUUACCAUCACAAGCAACGGCACUUGCUAUAUUAAAUCAAGAUGUCUCGCACCACCCCAGUAAGCUAAUUUGUUUUAUAACUGAUAUAAAUUUAGGCCAAGGUAGAGUGGAUAAGAUAAAGAUAAUGGACCCUCACAUGACCAAGGAGGAUGCAGAGUAUCUUGACAAUGGCCCCCACCGUCGCCUUUAUCAAAGCCUUUCCCCGCCGAAGGAACUGCCCGUCAAAAAGAAGAAGCUUGUCAACUUUAAGAUCUCUCGAAGGAGGCGCUAUUCGAGUGAUGGAAACGACGAUAGCAAAAGUACAAGAACACCUUACUCGUCCAUCAGGGAUGAUGUGAGGGAGAGGAAAGAAACCGUCACGUACUUUGAUGACAGGAGAGAGAGCACCAGACGUGUCAACGAGGGCAGAGAUAUUAAGUAUUUUAACGAGCGAAAACUCGUGAACUUAGACGAGAGAAGAGAGGACGUCCUAAACUUUAACGACUUGAACGAAAGAGAUGUGACCAACUUCAGUGAGAGAGAACACAUACGAAAUUUCCAUGGAAGAAGAAACGGAAUCAGAAACCUUGGCGAGCCUAGAGAAGCUAUGAUAAAUGAUAAUGAAAGAAGGGAAGAGCUUCGAAACUUAAUCGAUAGAAAGGACGAAUUUAACAACGACAAUGUUAGAGGAAUAGACAUUCGAAGCUUAACCGACAGAAGAGAAGACUGUAGAAACGACAACCUAAGACAAGAAGCCAUUCGAUGCCUCAACGAAAGAAGAGAAGGCUUCAGAGAUGUCAGAGAAAGAAAAGAAGACUUCCGAGAUAUCAGAGAAAGAGACGCCUUGAGAGAUGUCAGAGAAAGAAGAAAUGCCUUCAGAGAUACCAAAGAAAGAAGAGCAGACUUUAGGGACGUCAGGGAAAGACAGGGAGAUUACAGAAACAUCCACGAAAAAAAAGACUUCAAAAACAUUGAAGUAAAAGAAAAAAGAACAGAGGAACUGAGAAGCCCUAAAGAAAGGCGAGAGGGCGACAGGAAAAUCAACGAAAGACAAAAGAGCAGGGACACUAAAAGCCAUAAUCCAUCUAAUACCUCGCCGAUCACUGAAUAUCACAGACCGAUUUUUAGACACACGGAGAGAUCACCGAGUGGUAACCCCAUCGGUUCCCCAGACGAGAUUUCUCUCAAAACUACGCGGUCUCCAUCCACUUCAUCUUGGGAGAAAAUACGCUUGAUUACUAGCACAAACGCAAAGUCCACUCACCUUAACAAUGUUGUGGAGAUAGUGACAAAACAGAAGAGAAGGGCUGCAGUAGCACCUAGCAUAUGGACUCCUGCGGUACCUCGCUCUGUGCCUACUCCAAGACCAGCAAACUUUCAGAAUCAGGAGGAACCAGGCAGUCGGAGCUACAUUAUUGCUUUCAUUUCGAGGGCUACACAGAGCAGAGCGAGGUUGCUGAAAAGGCAGUUCACCCUCCCGUAUAGGAAGUCACAGUCUCAUCAUGAGUGGGAAGCCAGAGGCAAAAUGUACGUGAACUGGCUCAAGGACGUCGUCUCCAACCCGCACCUUCAGGAAGGACUCAUCAUGAAAGGACUCGAGAUUGGCGUUCCAUAUCCUGUGUUGUACAUACGGGAGAAGCUGGCUGAUGCACUCAUUGAUGGGAACGAGGAUGGACAUAUAGAAGCAAGCUUGGGAUCAGAUUAUAUCCUCCAUCAAGGAGGAACCAGGCAGUCGGAGCUACAUUAUUGCUUUCAUUUCGAGGGCUACACAGAGCAGAGCGAGGUUGCUGAAAAGGCAGUUCACCCUCCGUAUAGGAAGUCACAGUCUCAUCAUGAGUGGGAAGCCAGAGGCAAAAUGUACGUGAACUGGCUCAAGGACGUCGUCUCCAACCCGCACCUUCAGGAAGGACUCAUCAUGAAAGGACUCGAGAUUGGCGUUCCAUAUCCUGUGUUGUACAUACGGGAGAAGCUGGCUGAUGCACUCAUUGAUGGGAACGAGGAUGGACAUAUAGAAGCAAGCUUGGGAUCAGAUUAUAUCCUCCAUCAAGGGGUGUACCAGGAGGUGGUGUCAUGGUUACCUGAACUGCUGGUGACCUGCCCCAGUGAUCCCUCACAGUGGGCUCGAUGCUUCAUAGUCGUCGGUUUCAAGACACUUGACGGAGAACUAAAUGAGAAAAUGGAGACACUGUGGAAAGAAUGGACUGGCGCCCUUUAUAUCUACUGUAAUAUUGACGAUGAUUUAGGACUCAAGAAGCUGUCGUUCUACAGGCGUUCUUCACCCCAUCAGGUUACGUUAUUCUCCUAUUUAUUGAUCGUUGAGGUGGACACUGUUACUCAGGAGAACUCUCUUCUUCUCCUUGAUUUCACUUAUCGCAUGAGAAUGAAGAACAUGACAGGGUAUAUUUCGGUAUAUCAAGAGCACCAUCCUGACGGGGCAGUAGAUGUAGUACCCGGGGGCUCGCCGGUGCCUUCUACUGCCCAAGCUGCUGCUGCUGCUGCCACUGCUACUGCUGCUGCCUCCACCAUCCCCGUAGAAACUAGCGCCUUAGACCUCACCAGAAUCAAUAUAUGAAGGUGUUUAAAACUCGUUCAGAGUUUUGUAUGUAAACUAUACAGUCCACAGUAAAAUUUAGUAACCUUCAACUUAGGCAAGUUGCUUUAAUGAAUGUUUAUUCAGUAUAUUUUUUAUAUUAUUCACAUACAUCAAAAUUAGUCUGUUAAUAUUUCUGAAUCAUCACGACUUUUUAAUGAAUGUAGCAACCACGAGAGUUAGGUUACGUGUCUGCUUAACAACGAGUAUGCAGAGCAUCAAGCCUUUACCACUAAUUAAGUUGAAUAAACCACAAGGGUUUAGCACUUCAUGUAGUGGUGGUGGUGUGGGACUCAGUGGUAAUGUCCAGGUCGAUUCCUAGGAUGGGCGAGAUGCAUAGGAAGUUCUUACAUGUGCUUUACCUACUUACCUAGUAGUAAAUAGGUAAAUGGUUAUUGAUUCCUGCAAGUCACAUCCUAUAUA